GGUUAGCUUUCUUAGACGAAACGGAAACUGUAGCUAGGUAGAAGUUAGCCGACACUCCAGUGAUUACUGAGGUAAAGAGGUUAACAAUAUACGCGAGAACCGAGGAAACAGUAGGGUGGCAAGUUUUCUGUGACUUCCGUUUACCCGGGUUGAACUGAGUUACAAGUGGCCUUUCCAUUAGAGAUGGCUGCAAUCAGAAAGAAACUGGUGAUCGUCGGUGAUGGAGCCUGUGGUAAGACCUGCCUCCUCAUAGUGUUCAGCAAGGAUCAGUUCCCUGAGGUCUAUGUGCCCACGGUGUUUGAAAACUAUGUGGCGGAUAUUGAGGUGGAUGGUAAACAGGUGGAGCUGGCUUUGUGGGAUACAGCGGGUCAGGAGGACUAUGACCGACUGAGGCCUCUCUCAUAUCCAGACACAGAUGUCAUCCUCAUGUGUUUCUCCAUCGACAGCCCCGACAGCUUAGAGAAUAUUCCUGAGAAGUGGACUCCAGAGGUGAAGCACUUCUGUCCCAACGUGCCCAUUAUCCUUGUAGGAAACAAGAAAGACCUGCGAAAUGAUGAGCACACGCGCCGAGAGUUAGCCAAGAUGAAACAGGAACCUGUGAAGUCAGAGGAAGCGAGAGAAAUGGCCAACCGGAUCAAUGCCUUCGGUUACUUGGAGUGCUCAGCCAAGACGAAGGAUGGCGUGAGGGAGGUGUUUGAGAUGGCCACCAGGGCAGCGCUACAGGCCAAGAAACGAGGCAGAAAGGGUGGCUGCCUCCUGCUAUAGAGUGUCAAGUCACACAGGGUAGGGAGGGCAGGAGGAAAUGAUCCUGGCCAACAAAAGCAACCCUCCUGUUUCUUCUUUGUCACCAUGCUGGGCAGAAUUGAAUGGGGCCUUUUCAGGUAUGAGGGAGAAAAAUCAAACUCGGCCAAAGGGGAAAAAAAAUCUAUGGAAAAAGAGAGUAUGCACAUGUAUGUCCAAGGUUAUGCAAAAUGCUUUUAUCUAAUAUAAAUAGUGUAAUCUUGUCUUUGGAUUCAUAAAACCUGAAAUAAGGAGAACGUUGAAAGAAGGGAACAUUUUUUCUCAGUAAUCGUUUUAAAGGUGUGGUGGGAUUUCCAGACCUCUGAGUGGAUCUCUGUUCUAAACUUCAGCUUGCUGUAUUUGGCAUCAGGUGUAGAACAGAUCCCAGGUGUGCAGUACAGUCACAGAUGGAUCUCCAUGUAAACAAGUCUUUGGAGUUCUUGGCUUGUGGUCUGUUAUUCUGUACUUUUGUCAUUUUCCUUUAUUUCUCUGCAGAGACCAAACAAACUAUAUGGACCUGAUUUCCUCCUUUAUGAACGUGUAAUAACAUGAGUCCUACUGAGUCCUGAGUCACAAGCUUUCAUUGAAAAUCAUACUUUUAUUCAUCAAAUGAAUCCAAAUGCGAGUAGAAAAAAUAGUUUUGAUACUGAAAAGGUUAAAAGUAACGAUUUCUGUAAAAUCAUUUUGUCCUUAAACCUUCUCGCUGUGAGUUUAACGUUUGCUGACAUUCUUCCAGAAACUCCACCCUGUGGAGCGGGUUGAGAUCCUGUAGCUAUGCUGGCUGACUGCAUCUCCCAUAAGUAGUUUUGCACAGUUUAGUCAUUCUUUGGCUCAUUGUGCUGUUGCAGGAGGAACUUGUAUUAGUCAGUCAGCAUCCACAGGGUAAGAUAUGGUCCUACAAAUUAAAUUGAUUUUGAAGAAUUUCCCACUUUCCCACCACUAAAGUCUGUGUGUGUGAUGGGGUCAGGCACGCCUCCAGGAUGCUUUCAUUUGUUCUGUCUCAGAAACUGUUUCGACCCCAAACCUCUGCGCUGGGUUUGUCUGUCAGUAACAGUCUGUGUUCUCGUGCCUUCGCUUUGUUGUAGUCUCUGAUGGCUUUUCUUGGACCUCCAUUUUUCUUUUUCGACUCUUGAUGCUGAGACAUUAUUUCAUGAUGCCAGCUGAUGAACUGCUUCUCAAACAAAAGACUCUGAUUGGCCCGUUGCUCAGCUGGGCUGUUCUGUGAAGGGAAGAGGACACACUGUUAAAUGUUUUUGGCAUCUUCCCACAUGCGAUAGCCUUCACUUCUGAGAACAUUCAUACCUGAUGAUGAGUUUGGCAAUUUCGAUUUGGACUCACUCCUGAUACUCAGCUAGAUUUAUUGCUUCUUUAAUAAGCACAACAAUCAAGCACAAUUGCAAAUGGUUUCUUUAAAAACAAUCAAUUAGCCAUUUAAUAUUUAAGUCAAAGUCCACUUUAUUGUUAAUUCUGCCGUAUGUACAGGACAUACACAGGAUCGAAUGUUCCCCUGACCCACAGUGUGCAACUACAAUAAAUAAAUAUGAUAAAGUAAAAACCAAGCAGAGCUAUAAGAUUAUGAUGAAAGAUAAAGUAUUGAACAAGAUAUAUUAAAGCCCAUGUACAAUUAUUAUGUUUAACAAUCUGAGGUGUAUAAAAAUGUGAGGAUAUUGCAGUUUUUUUGCAUACAAAAUAUUAAGUAUAAAUGAAUUUUUAAAAAGCCUAUAUACAAAUCAGAAAGUAAACUUGAAUUAGUAACACAGCGAUGUUUGCUAAGAAUUCCUACACCAAGCUAGAUAUCCCAUUAAAAGUGCAGUGAUGUCUGAUGAACACACAGUUUGGAGUCUCAUUCUUUUUUCCAUUGUGCUUCUCUGUCUGUCAUUCUGAGAAACCUCGAGUGUGGAACAGAUGAAACGAGCAGUGUUUUGUAAAUUUCCAGAAUGAGUGUUUUCAGUUUGAACGUGUUUUUAGCUCCGCUGUCGAUGACAGACGAUGGCAGCAGAGCCGAUCGACGCCGAGCGGCUCCUCAUUUAGAUUUGAAGCCUUCUCAAACUUGGCGCAGAUACUCUUUGGGUAAUGCUUUACAAAACAGAGGGGGGUGCAUUUUUUCUUUUUUUGUGGCUUUUAUAAAGAUAAUUUUUGAGGUGUUCCAGAAAUGCUGUAGAUCGAUGUUUAACUUCAGUGGCUCCUCCUCCCUUGUUAAUGUCUCAUUCUGAAACGAGGCCUUAGUGUAACUCCAGCACAGAGGAUCUCUGUAUAAGAAAAGAUGAUGCUCAUCAAGGCGAGCAGUUCCAGUGUUAGUGCGACACAUCUGUGUUUUCUGAUCUGCUCCUGUUUACCUGCUGUCUACACUACUUCCAUCAGUACGCUGUCAUGUCAGGGUCUCUUUAACAGAAGUGCUUUGGUCACUUGCUAGCACCACUGAAACAUAGUUACCAAGAGGCUUUUAAUUUGUAACACUUUGUAGAGGAGAACAGUGUUUCUCUUCAAACAUCAUUGUGUUGUACUGAUGGAAUUAGGGCUGCAGAAAUGUACAUCACAUGGAGACAUGUUGUGAGGCUAGUGUGACUCUGCCAUUAUUCAAGUAUACCUACAUGUAUGUGGUUCCUAAAGUACUGGCUCUUUGUAUGCAAAAUAUUCUUUUAUAUCAGCUGUCUUUUGUAAAGUUUUCUAAGGGAAAUACAUGAGAAUGACCAAAUGCUGUCAUGUAUGUCACUUCUCACGUUCUGUUGUUUUACCCACAUAAAGUAACUGAGUGUUGGUUUGCUCGAGCUCUGUGUGGAUGUUCCUGUGCCUGACAGUGUUUUGUAGUGUAAGGUUCAUGCAGACUUCAGAGAAGUAUAACAGGAACGUGUGUGCUGUAACCUGCUCUGCAGACAAGUAUAAUCCCCUCGUUACAGUGCACGCUAGAAGACAAAGUCACAACCCACUGUGUCAAUGACUUCUUCAGAAGUCAUCGAGAGUUAGGUAUUCUAGUUAAGAAAAAUACACAAAGUGUGAUUACUGAUUAAAUCUGCUCUUAAGAAUAACUGGUUGGUGUGAACCAGUCAUACAAAAUGACCUUGCAAGUAUAGAGAUUGGGGGGGGGAUUAGUAAUUCCCAAGAUAAAAUACAGAUAGUGAUGCUGCAGUUCAGGACCGUUGCUGUUUUCUCGAGGACCAAUGCGCUGCACAUCAGACCUCAUCCAUGGAGCACGGUGGAGGAAACAUCAUGGUUUGGAACUGCAUUACUUCACAGCCUGAUGUCUUAAGUCUAGAUUCCUCCAUUGCAGGCAGGCACAGCUGGAGACCCAGCAGUCCUCCAACUGCGGCGCAUGCGUAGUUGAUGCAUUGUAAUGUGAAUUCUCUGUGGAUGAAUCCGUGCAGUCACAAAAAAACAGGCAUUCAAACAUCUGCAUGGACCCUUGCACUUACUGUCUGAUCACAACAUGUCUCUUGGACCCUCGCGGACCAUCACGGACUCACCGAUGUGGAAAGUGUA